GUAGACAGCAACUUUUCUAUAGGUUUGGUGAAUUCCUGAAUUCUCCAAUCAAGCACCCCAUACAUCUUCAACGACAUAAUUUCAAAUUUCUAGUAAUCAAGUUCAGGUAAUCUAACAAAAUGAUAAAGUCAAUGAGCAAAUUACACCUGAUCCAUCGGUGGAGUAAUUCUAGAUCUGCAAAAAAAGUAAAUGGAUAUUAAGCUAUCAAGAAGCUUAGCAAUCAGAUUUAAAUCUCCCACCGUAAAGAAGAUAAAAGCUCUAACUCCAGCUGGGUUUUAGUUCUCGAAUCAGUGAAAAAAAAGAAAAGAACACAAGUAAAGAUUCAAACUUUGUCAAGUUCUUUGAACAAGCAAACGCCGCCGUUUCGUGUCCGCGGGAACCUUUACCGCAUCCCGGCCAGAUUACCGGUCCAAACAGAAGCGGAAGUACCGGGAGCGUCAGAGGCUCAGAGUCGUCCGGGUCAUAGUCAAAGGCCAUACCAAACACCCGGUUCUACCGUGUCAUUAAACCGGCCAUUUUUUCUUUAAUUUCCCCUUAAUGGACCGGAUUGUCGGGUCAACCCGAACCACUUUUCGCUAACCUAACCAGUCUGUCCGGUCUUCCGUCGAUUCAGCCCAUCCAUACAUAAAGGAAACCCAAACCCUCUCUCCUAACUCGGUCUCCUUUGUAAUCCAAUCUCUCUAUGCUAGCUAACGAUUCAACCGGACCCGGUAAGUUUCUUUCUUGAACCCGAUAUCUGUUUCCCCUUAUAAAUUUGGUUCUUUAUGCUUUCUUCCUUCAGAAAUCAUCGGGAAAAUGUAAAUAGUCCUGAACUGUUUAGCAUGUUGUAGCUGAGCUCUUCCUUUCCGGGAUUUGAAAAGCAAAAGUAGAUUUUUUAAGCCCUAGAAUCUUAUUGUAUUUUGGAAAGAUUGGAAUUUUAAGAACAAAAAAAGAUAUUCUUGAGGACCCUUUAUCAUGACUUCGAAUUUGGAACCCAUACCUGUCACUUCACAAAAACACGAUCCAGCAUGGAAACAUUGCCAAAUGUACAAAAAUGGAGAUAGGGUACAACUCAAGUGUAUAUAUUGUGGGAAGAUAUUCAAGGGUGGUGGGAUUCAUAGGAUUAAAGAACACCUUGCUGGUCAGAAGGGAAAUGCCUCUACUUGUUUGAGAGUCCAGCCCGAUGUUCGGAUUCUAAUGCAAGAGAGCUUAAAUGGGGCUGCAAUGAAAAAGAGAAAAAAACAGAAACUUGAUACCCAAAAUACCCUCCCCCUUGAAGCUAUGGCUUUAAGUGAACUCAGCCCUGGUGUUGGGUUGCUUCCAGUGGGGGAUGCUCUUGAACAAAGCUUUAAUGCGUAUGGAUGUCAAGAAGAGGAAGGGACAAGCAACCAAAUGACGGGUAGGAAGAAGAAAGGGAGGAUUAGGAAGGCGGGAUCUGCUGUAAUAACUUGUAAAGAAGUUUUGAGUAUCACUGCCAGGCUUAAUGACCACGUCCACAUGGCCAUUGCACGAUUUUUACUAGAUGCGGGAAUACCCUUUGAAGUUGUGAAAUCUCCUUAUUUCCAACCAAUGAUCGACUCGAUUUCUUCCCAAGAACCCGGGAUAACAGGGCCCACUUAUCAUGAACUGAGAAAUUGGAUUCUGAAAAGCUCGAUUCAAGAACUAAGGUGUGAAACUGACCGUUACUCAAACACAUGGGCGAGGAGUGGGUGUUCUGUUUUGGUCGACGAGUGGACAACCGAUGGGGGUAAAUUUAUAAUAAACUUCUCGGUCUAUUGUCCUGAGGGGACAAUGUUCUUAAGGUCAGUGGAUGGGACUGAAAUGGUAAAUUCUGCCGAUUCCCUAUGUGAAUUGCUCAAGGACGUUGUGGAGGAAGUUGGGGUAAGAAAUGUCUUACAAGUAAUUACGAGUAACGAAGAUCGGUAUAUUGAUGCCGGUCGAAAGUUAACUGACACUUACCCGACGGUUUUCUGGGCCCCAUGUGCUUCCCAAUGCAUCGAUAUGAUGCUUGAUGACAUCACAAGUCUAGGGUGGGUAAGUGAAACCAUUGGGCAAGCCAAAAGUAUCUCUAGGUUUAUCUAUAACAAUAACAACAUUUUGAACUUGAUGAGGCGUCAUACUUUUGGGGUUGACUUGGUUGACUUGGGUGACACCAGGUCGUCAACGGAUUUCUUGACAUUAAAAAGAAUGAUAAACAUCAGGCAUUAUUUACAGUCGAUGGUAACUUCUGAGGAGUGGAUGGAGAGUCCCCAUUCAAAGAGGCCUGAGGGAUUUUCCUUCCUAGAUUUGAUCAGCAGUGAGUCGUUUUGGUCAAGUUGCACUUUGAUUACACACCUGACAGGCCCACUUUUGAGACUUCUAAGAAUAGUCAGGAGCGAGAAGCGGUCUGCAAUGGGGUAUGUUUAUUCUGGUCUUUACCGGGCAAAAGAAGUGAUCAAGAAAGAACUUGCUGACAAGAGUGACUAUUUAAUUUAUUGGAACAUUAUAGACCAUAGGUGGGCCCCACUUCAGAGACAUCCUCUUCAUGCUGCGGGAUUUUACCUGAAUCCGAGGUUCUUUUAUGGUACGGAGGAAGAUGUCCACCUUCACUUGAGGUCUUUGGUGUAUGAUUGCAUAGAAAGAUUGGUUCCUGACCCGAAUGUUCAAGACAGAAUAGUGAAGGAGACUUCUUCUUACCAGAAUGGUGAUGGAGAUUUCGGGCGGAAAAUGGCAGUUCGUGCUAGAGAUACUCUUCUUCCUGCUGAGUGGUGGUCAACAUAUGGUGGGGGGUGCCCAAAUUUAUCUCGUUUGGCUAUUCACAUUUUAAGCCAAACUUGUAGUCUACUUAGUAAUAAUGCCAAGCCAAAGCACGCUUCUUUGGAUCAGAUGCAUGAAACCAGUAACUGCAUAGAGCAUCAACGGCUUAAGGAUAUCGUUUUUUUGCAGUACAAUUUACACUUGAGGGCACAGAAAGACAGAGAGGAUGUUUCUGUGGACCCCAUUUCAUAUGAAAACAUACCCUUUGUUAAGGACUGGGUUUCAGAGAGAGAGAGAUGCUCGGAUGAACCGGCUAGUUCAGACUGGAUGGCUGUGGACCCGCCAUUGUCUAACGCUAUGCUCUUGUCACCUCAAGUUGAUGACUUUGAAGCAUUGGGUGCAGGAUAUACAGCAUUGAUUUCCAUCGACUAAAGUUUGUGUGGGUUUGGUGACUACGAAAUUUUUUAUGCGGUGAGAGAUAUCAAAGAUGAAAACGGCAACCAUACAUUGUCAUAAAACAGUAGAAUGGCGAAGAUUAAAGCUCAGUCGAACUGCUUUGAAGAAGGCCCACGUCUGAUUAGAAAACAGUAUGUCAUUUCCACCAUUGCUUAUGGGAGAAAAUGCAGGCAGAAAAUGUAAUGAAAUAUAUCACGAGGUCGGUUACCCUUUGGGUUUUGAAAGAGAGUAUAUGACAUAUUGCAUCACUUCAUUUCAUUUACUAGUUUGCUGUCAUCCUUCGUCCAAGUGCC